AUGGCACAUUUUUUGCCCCUCUCUCCCUUUUUUCAUUAUGGAACGCACACACGCCUGGCAUCUUAUUCUUUUCAAAAAUAUGAUAAGGCGUUUUCGACACAGACGUGUAACCGAUCUCGUGCUUAG